AUGAUUGUAUCAUUAAUAACUACUAUACUUUCCCUGUACCUCUUAACAAGUGAAAUUCACGGAGAAGACACAUUUGAUUGCACAGGGCAUGAAGAUGAUUCAUUGCAUCCAAUGAUAAAUGUAGAAGAUUGCCGAUAUUAUUGGCAUUGCAUCUUUGUCGAUACAGUGUAUGUGCGAGCGGUUAAACGCAAGUGUCCAGCUGGAACUGAAUUUGACAGCAAUUUGAAAGAAUGUGAAAUAGCCAAUUCAGUAAACUGCAUCAAAACUCAAUCAACGCACACGACUCGAAUAGACACAACAACCACAAAAUCGUAUCCGCCGAUAACAACGACGACAAUGACAACUCAAGAAACUGAAGUAUUACCAACAACGAAUACAUCAGAUUUGGCCGAUGUUGCAUUGUUUGAAAAAUUUUUCAAGAUUUUAACAAAGAUAUCUGAGACGUAUCCAGGUGAAUCUGAAACCAUCGAUGAAACAUCUUCUACUAUGCCACAACCUCGGAAACGUCGUCGACGGAACCAUCGAAUGUUGCAUAUUCUGACGAGUAAUGAACAUAAAAUCGAGCAUUUUUCUAUCAAUCAAACUCAUGGUCUUCUGAUCCAUUGUAAUGAAAUUCGACGUCGUCAGUUACGUGAUUUAAUUUAUUACCAUCCAACAACAACACAUUCAUUAAAAGAUCUCGGUUCUUCUUCUUCUUCGCUGACAAAAAGCUUUCUUUCUGAUGUAUUCUCAUUAACAUUAUGUAUAAUUUUUGUCGUGUUUUUACAAAAAUAA